GGGCGGAGCAGAGAAGCAGGAAACACACCGCUGCUGCUGCUGCUGCUGCUGCUGGAAGUCACAAGAAAGCUCUCCAUCAUGGCCUACCAGGCAGGGUUUCCAGAGGAGCCCAGCGCUCUGGUGAACAACAUCAGCUCCAACAUCCAUAAGCUGACACUGCUGACGUCUGAGCUGCAGAGGGCAGUCUCUCUGGUGGGGACGGAGCAGGACAGCAGCCAGCUACUACACACCCUGCAACAGAAACAGCAACAAGGCAACCAGUUAGCGAAGGACACUGACAAACUGAUGAAAGCAUUCAGUGCACUUCCUGUUGGCCCCGAUCAGCGUCAGAGAAAGUUACAGAAAGAGCGUCUGGUGAACGACUUCUCCGCCGCCCUGAACAGCUUCCAGAGGACACAGCGGCAGGCGGCCGACAAAGAGAGAGACUUUGUGGCGAGAGUCAGAGCCAGCUCCAGGGUGUCGCAGGGAGGACAGCCUGAUGACAGCGUUGGAAAUGCGCCUCCUUUCCUCAGUGACGCCCAGGUGCAGGCUCAGGCUGAGGCCAUCACUGAGGAAGACCUGAGGCUGAUCCAGGAGAGGGAGAUGUCCAUCAGGCAGUUGGAGUCUGACAUCACAGAUAUCAAUGACAUCUUCAAGGACCUGGGGAUGAUGGUCCACGAGCAGGGAGACAUGAUAGACAGUAUAGAAGCCAACGUGGAGACUGCAGACGUGAGUGUCCAGAACGCCACCCAGCAGCUGCAACGUGCUGCAGAGUACCAGCGGAGCUCCCGGAAGAAGAUAUGCAUCAUUUUGAUAGUGCUGGCUGUAGCGAUUGUUAUUAUUGGACUCAUCAUCUGGGGUGCUCUCAAAAAAUAAGGGCUUCUUCCUCCUCUUCCUCCUCCUCUCCUCUGCCUCUCCUGUUUAGUCAUCAACCUGGGCAAAGGAUGAAGCAACGUCAUUCCUCUCCUUCUCAUCCUCCUCCUUUUCUCACCCCCCUCAUGAAGGGGAGUCGUUGAGUCUGUCUUUCUUUGACUCGAUUAUAUUUUUAAGACACCGUAGUCCUCUUUGACGGGACGGCACACUCCUUCACUGUGAAAACAAAACUAGCACAGGUAGCUUUAUAUAAUCAGCUUUAAUUGAAGAGUGUCUGAUUUAGGCAUGAUUUAAAGGUCUGAGUCUGCACCUGAUUGUCAGAUGGAGGUGUAAUGUAAACAUGUGGAGUAUUGCUGUGUUCAGUGGCAGCCAUUUUGGCUCCACCGGCUUUGAAUGUUGAGUACUUUACAGACAAUGCUUCUGGGUGCAAUGAAGCAGCAAGUUGCUGUAAGCAGGUGAGAGGGGAUUAACCUUUGGAUCAGUCAUACUGCUGCAGCUGCUUCCUUUUGGAAGGAAAAAAAAGCUCAUGUGCUAAACCUUACUCAGCAAUUAAACUUUGAAUAAAGUGCACUAUGUAAAUUUAAGAUUAAACAAAAGCCAGCUUUGGUCCAUAGCACAGUUUAACUGCACUCAACUUAUUGCAAUGCAGAGUUCUAAGUGACAAAACCCUCUUUUUAAAAAUCUGUUUUAUAGAAGCUCUAAACAACAUUCAGAACAUUAAUAUAGCAACAAACAACUAUUUGCCAUGUGAAGAUAAAGUGGAGUAAUGACAUCCUGUGCUGAGAAUGAAGUCACGCUCUCUUUGUGUGUUGCAAUCGGAGCGUCUCUGUUUAUUGCUGUGAUACAGUCCGGCCACAGGUCCAUGUUAGAGCAUGAGUCCCUGUGUGUGUAUCCCACAGGCUAGCUGAUUGCUGCCACUCUAACUGCACCCAUACAACAGUUGCCACUGAUAACGGGAUGAUGUUGUUGAAGCGUAGCAGCCACCCUCCCAGGUUAACACCUAUAGCUUUUUAGCACUGUUGCUAUUUUUAGCACUGUUUCAGCUGUUAGCACAGUUAGCUACUAGCCACUAACUCAGUCACCUCCAUGUUGAGAGCUGUGUGGAGACAACCGCUAAAUCAGUGUUUCCCAAAAGUGGGUCGGGGGUCCAUAAGUAACUUGCUAACAUAUCAGCUUUGUAAAAAACACACUUUAUUUUUAAGUCCACUGAAUUUCCAGCACAGAGCUUUUAUUUUGAAGUGCCAUUUCCUGCUGUAGAGUGAGUGACUAACGAACAGCUACUUAACAGAUACAGCAAACUAGCUCGACACAUGGCCAAACACAAGUAUAAUGCUGAAUAUGCUAAACUGCAUGGACCUUUAAUGACAAAGGAGAAAUCUGGACCCUGUAGCUGCACCAGCUCUGCUCUGAAUCAUAGAUGUGCUCUGAAUAUUGUAUAGAGCCCCUUGAAGUUGUAAUUACACUGAACAAAAAUAUAAACGCACCACUUUUGUUUUUGCUCUCAUUUUUCAUGAGCUGAACUCAAAGAUCUUAAACAUUUUCUAUACACACAAAAGACCA